CCCAGCUUAGACCCUUGAGAAGGUCCUGAGUCCCCCUGGGGGUGGUCCCAGAAUCCUCGCUGAGUGUCCAGCCCUGCUCGGCCCCCUAAGCUGGGUGGCAGGGUACAGCAGUGACCUCUUUGGGGAAAUGGAGGCAGGGCAUGGGGUGGGCCCGGACCGGAGCUCACUUCUCCGGGCGCUGCAUCCAGUCCGACUCCCUGGUGGUGUGCGAGGUGGACCCGGAGCUGAAGGAAAAGCUGCGGAAAUUCCGCUUCCGAAAAGAGACGGACAAUGCGGCCAUAAUAAUGAAGGUGGACAGAGAGCGGCAGAUGGUGGUGCUGGAGGAGGAAUUCCAGAACAUUUCUCCAGAGGAACUGAAAUCAGAGUUGCCAGAAAGACAGCCCAGGUUCGUGGUUUACAGCUACAAGUACGAGCACGAAGAUGGCCGGGUGUCCUACCCACUGUGCUUCAUCUUCUCCAGCCCUGUGGGCUGCAAACCUGAGCAGCAGAUGAUGUAUGCUGGGAGCAAGAACCGGCUGGUGCAGACGGCGGAACUCACAAAGGUGUUUGAAAUCCGCACCACCGACGACCUCACAGAAGCCUGGCUCCAAGAGAAGCUGUCUUUCUUUCGUUGACCUUUGGGCCGGAACCUGAAUUCCCGAUGUCUGAGUCCUGAAAGGAACUGUGAUCUCGGACUCCUAGAAUCUGCACUUCAGAGUGAUGCUGUAGAAAUUAAAACGCCAGAAUUUAA